AUGACACUUAGUAUCCAAUCGGUUCAACCAUUCGCACCCACGGCUAAGCCACCACCCAAGCCACUAUGUCAAAGGCGGUCUACACUGUCCAUGAAGACAGCUCAACCAACACGCGUCACUCGAGCUCCAAGUAAAUGGGUUAUUGACUCGGAAGGUCGUCAGACGCAACCACCACUGAGUCGACUCGGUAAGAGAUGGAAAGAGUAUCACGGGUCGAAAAACUGGGAGGGAUUAUUGGACCCACUCGAUGACGGUUUACGUGACGAGAUUAUACGGUACGGGAGUUUUAUUGAGGCAGCAUACAAAUGUUUCGAUUCCAUCCCUCCUUCACCAAGUUACUCUACACGCCACGUCACCGACUCAAAAGUUGAAGAAAGUGGAUACCGUGUGACGAAAAACUUAUACGCCACGUCAUCAAUUCCAAUGCCAACUUGGGUAGGAGGGAUCGGCGAGCGGUCUAGUUGGAUCGGUUAUGUCGCAGUCUGCGAGGACCAGAAUGAGAUCACUAGACUCGGUAGACGAGACAUAGUGAUCUCAUUGCGUGGAACCGGGACCUGUCUAGAGUGGCUCGAGAAUCUGCGAGCCACUCUGACUCGUUGUCCGUUCGGCAACAGGUUGUCGAACGGACAACACGACACUCCGAUGGUGGAAAGCGGGGUUUUAAGUUUAUACACGUCGAGCACGUCGGUAUGCCAAAGUUUACAACAAUCAGUAACAGACGAAAUUUUAAGAAUAGUUGAUACGUACGGUGACGAGCCGUUAAGUGUCACCAUCACAGGACAUUCUUUAGGUGCUUCUUUAGCUAUUUUAGCAGCUUACGAUAUUAAAAAUACGAUAAAACACGCGUUACAUCUCUCGGUUAUAUCGUUUGGUGGGCCCCGGGUUGGGAACCGGAGCUUCCGGCAUAAUCUAGAACUACAAGGGACAAAGAUUCUACGGAUUGUGAAUUCGGAUGACCUUAUUACGAGAGUACCGGGUUUUUUCGUGGAAGACCAUGAUGACGUGGCGAAAAAACAAAAACCUCGUGUGGAACAUUUGCCUAGUUGGAUACAGAAAUGUGUUAACGAUAAACGGUGGGUUUAUGCUAACAUUGGACAUGAGCUACGAUUGAGCAGUAGAGCAUCAUUAAAGUUGAACAGUAUUGAUGUUGCCACGUGUCAUGAUUUAAAGACAUAUCUACAUCUAGUAAAUGGAUUUGUGAGCUCGUCUUGCCCUUUUAGGGCAAGUGCAAGAAUGAUGCUCAAUAAAGCUUCUACUGUUCCUCCCACAUAA